AGCUAUCAGUUCGCUACCGGGCACGAGACUAAUCAGACGUACAUGAUUUUUAACUUUUUACUGACUUUGUGUUGAAAAAAAAAUAAAAUGAAUAAACUUUGGAAUGCCUUGACGCGCCGCAAACGGAACGACUCCGACGGAGAAGAAUCAAAAUUGGCACGUGUUUUAAAUCUCGUCGACUUGACAGCACUCGGAGUUGGUUCGACACUCGGCUUGGGAGUUUACAUUCUCGCUGGAAGUGUUGCUUAUGAGCAAGCGGGACCUGCGGUAACGAUAUCUUUCGCCAUUGCUGCGAUUGCAUCAGCCAUUGCUGGGUUUUGUUAUGCCGAAUUUGCUGCUCGUGUGCCGAAAGCGGGAUCAGCUUACGUUUACAGUUAUGUCAGCGUUGGAGAAUUCGUGGCAUUCACAAUUGGAUGGAAUUUGAUCUUAGAAUAUGUCAUCGGUACUUCUUCCGUUGCUCGCGGGAUGAGUGGCUACAUUGAUGCCUUAAUUAACAACACGAUGUCACGUUCGCUGAAGGAGUCAAUGCCCAUAAAUGUCAAUUUUCUCGCCGAUUAUCCGGAUUUCUUUUCGUUUUUCAUCGUUCUCGUGAUUUCGACGUUGCUGGCGUUCGGCGUGAAAGAAUCGACUUUGAUGAACAACAUUUUUACCGGCGUGAAUUUAAUCGUAAUUUCCAUUGUGUUAGUGGCGGGCAUCAUAAAUGCCGACAUCAAGAACUGGCAAAUCCAAAAGGAGGAUAUCCCGGAGGGAAUUAGUGCUGGCGAAGGAGGUUUCAUGCCGUAUGGCGUCGCGGGAAUUAUGGCGGGAGCAGCAAAAUGCUUUUAUGGCUUUGUUGGGUUCGAUUGUGUCGCGACAACGGGCGAAGAAGCAAAAAAUCCACAGAAAAAUAUUCCGUUGGCGAUUGUUAUCUCCUUGAUUAUCAUUUUCCUCGCGUAUUUUGGGAUUUCAGCUGUGCUGACGUUAAUGUGGCCUUACUACCUGCAAGAUCCCGAGGCGCCUUUCCCGCAUGUCUUCAACGAAAUUGGAUGGCACGAAGUUAAAUGGAUUGUUUCGAUCGGAGCGAUUUUUGCGCUUUGCACGAGUUUGUUGGGUGCGAUGUUCCCGUUGCCGCGAGUGCUUUACGCGAUGUCAAACGAUGGAAUUUUGUACAAAACCUUGAAACGGGUGAACUCGAAGACACAAACGCCAGUUAUUGCGACACUUCUUUCGGGAUUGCUUGCUGCCAUUAUGGCUCUGAUGUUUAAUUUGAAUCAACUAAUUGACAUGAUGAGCAUUGGAACGUUGUUGGCUUAUACAAUUGUGGCAAUUUGUGUUUUGGUGUUGCGGUAUCAGGAUGACGGAUUGAUAAUUGGCAAAGAAGUUGAAAUUGGGACUCCGAGAAUUCUGAAACAAAUUUUUAAUUUGAAUUUUAUCAAGAAACCGGAUUCGUUGUCGUCUUCCAUUUCGAAAUUGGGAAUUGUUGUUUACAGUCUUCUUUGCAUUGUCUUAUGCGCAUUGCUUCUCUCGCCAACAAUGAUCACUCCGGAGUAUCCUUUCUACUUGACAGUCACUGUAGUUGUUGUUGCCACGAUGAUUCUCGUUAUUUGUGUUUUGGCUCGUCAACCUGCUUCUGAUGUCAAAUUAUCUUUUAAAGUCCCCAUGGUUCCAUUAUUGCCUUCUUUGAGCAUUUUUAUUAAUUUGUAUCUCAUGUUCCAAUUGGACCUCAACACAUGGAUCCGUUUUGGCGCCUGGGUGAUAAUUGGUUACAUCAUUUAUUUCACAUACGGCAUCCGACAUAGCACGGAAGGAAACUUACGUUCAGCUGAAAGUCGUCGGGAUAGCACGUUUGACAAGAAAAAAGCCCCAGUUAUGCCGAUUGAGCCGAACUUCAUGAAGGACCGUUAUGUGAUAAAGUCUUAAAAUUGACAAUUUUUUAACAUUUUUGACGAAUUUAUCAUCUCUCAUCACACACAUUUUUUGCGAUAUUUUUAGUUUUGUAAGCGUUUCGUAUUGUUAAAAGUCCGUUUUUUGUGCGCGUUUCGAGUGUCGUCGCGAGAAUUUUGUGAUAAUCUGCAUUAAAAAAGGACUUUAGCGUAAGAUUUUUAAUGAGAAUUGUAUUAUUUUAUAAAUAAAAACUUAAGACUUAAAUCUGA